CAAGGUCACAGCACUGAGAGAUUGCAUUGAACUUUGAACCAUAGCUGAGGGGUGAGGUAAACAACAGGGCUAUAAAUAUCAGAGUUUCUUGCUGUGGCUUUGUGGAGCUGGGAAGCAAAGAGAAAGGAAACAGACUUGUCUUGUCAGAAGGGGUUGCGACAACCCCAGCAAUGUGGAGGAGCCUGGGACUUGCCCUGGCUCUCUGUUUUCUCCCCUAUGGAGGAACAGAGAGCCAGGGUGAAAACUUCAUUUGUAAGCAACCCCCAGACUGGAGCAUAAGAGAUCAAAAUCCAAUGCAGAACUCCCAUGGUUCAGUGACUGUGGUUGCUCUUCUUCAAGCUAGCUGAUACCUGUGCAUUCUGCAGGCAUCCAGAUUGGAAGACCUGCGAAUAAAAUUGGAAAAAGAAGGAUAUUCUAAUAUUUCCUAUAUUGUUGUUAAUCAUCAAGGAAUUUCUUCUCAAUUAAACUACAUACAUCUUAAAAAUAAGGUUUCAGACCAUAUUCCUGUUUAUCAACAAGAAGAAAACCAAACAGAUGUCUGGACACUCUUAAAUGGAUACAAAGAUGACUUCCUCAUAUAUGACAGAUGUGGCCAUCUUGUAUAUCAUCUUGGUUUGCCUUACUCCUUCCUAACUUCCCCAUAUGUAGAAGAUGCCAUUAAGAUUGCUUACUGUGAAGACAGAUGUGGAAACUGCUCUUUCAGGACUCUUGAAAAUGAAGACUUAUGUAGAAAUGUAUCUUUGCUCACUGUGGAAAAAACAACUGAGGCUCUGCAACCACAUCACCAUCACAACCAUCAGCAUCUUGGGAGCAGUGAGCUUUCAGAGAAUCAGCAACCAGGAGCAGCAGAUACUCCUUCAAACCCCGCUCCUCUAGACCUUCAUCACCAUAAAAAACACAAGGGCCAGUAUAGGCAGGGUAACUCAGAGAGCUGACAGAUGGCAGGAAGUGAAGGUUUACAACUUUCACUUGCACAAAGGAAACUCUGCCAAAAGGGAUGUGUAAAUCAAUUACAGUGUAAGUUGUUCAAAGAUCCACAGGCAGCUUCUAGUAGCUGUUGCUGCCAUUGUCGACAUCUGAUAUUUGAAAAAAGAGAGUCUGCAAUCACCUGACAGUGUGCUGAAAACCUCCCAUCUUUAUGUAGCUGACAGGGACUUAGGGCAGAGGAGAAUGUCAUUGAAUCUUGUCAGUGACGAAUGCCUCCAGCUGCCUGACAAAGAAGUCAGCAGCUUGAUCCCACAGAAGUUGGCACCAGUUGAAGCUGAAAAAAUAAGGCAAAAAAGUGAAAAUGACAUUCAAACUAAAUGUUUAAAAUAAGAUGUACUCCCCAAGUCGGUCUAGACACAAUUUCAUUUCCAGCAUUUUUACAAGUCAUAUAAUUAAUAAUUAGUGAACCAAAGCCAGGAAUUGGAUAAUGUGCAAACAGAGAAAUCUACUAUACUGGUUUCUAAAUUUUAAAUUUUAUGCCAUAGAAAUUUUGACCCAAACAAUAUUUUUAUUAGGAGGCAACUGAAAAGUGAUUGUAGCUUUUGGUUAAUAUGUCUUUCUUUUUCUUUUUCCUAUAUUCUAUUUGCAUUGAUGAGAACAGAAACAUAAACUAUGACCUAGGGGUUUCUGUUGGAUAGUUAGUAAAUUAGAAUGGAGGAAGAACAACAAAGACAUGUUUUCCACUUUUCUUUACUUAUCUCUCAAAAUAAUAUUAUCUUUUAAUCUUACAUUUUUAACUGAUUAAAACUUUAAAGAAAGAGGUGGAUUCUGUUUAAGAUCCAGAAAUACUUAACACAUGACUAUUUUGCUAAGAAAAUAUAUGUGACUACAUUUUUAAUAUCUUCUUACUUUUUUUAUAUCUAAUACUCAUAUCUUGAUUUUUACUAUCAUCUACAAAUAAAGCCUUUGUAUCUUAUUUUCUUUCUUUAACACUGUAUCAUAUUCUUCUGAAUUUGAAGAGUAUUAUACAGUUAUUUGGCUGUCUUGAAAGACGAAAUGGGAAAGAAAAGAAUGUUGUCUAUGUUUUAGACUUCCUAGAGUAUUUCCAUAGUCAAUGAUGGUUUAAUAGGGAAAUUAAACCCUCUAAACUUGAACUCCUUUAUGGAUAAUACUGUUAAGCAAGAAUGUAGUAUGCAGAUGGCUAAGAUAUGGAUGUGUCUAAAUAAACUCAAUAAAAAAGUUUAAA